CCAAAGAAACUGUAAAAUACUAAGAAAAAACAAGAUAUUUAAGAUUUUCACCCAGAAGGAAUAAAAAAUAAACAUGGCAGAAUUCACAGGUUACAAGGAAACCUCGAAUCGCCAUCUACGAUUCAAAUUGCAGAGUCUUAGUCGCCGUCUUGAUGAACUGGAGGAAGCAACCAAAAAUCUCCAGAAAGCAGAGGAUGAGCUGCUUGACCUCCAGGACAAAGUUAUCCAGGCAGAAGGCAGCAAUUCCAGCAUGCUGGCUGAUGUUGAAGCCCUGCGGAAAAGAGUGCUGAAGAUUGAAGGCAAGGAUGAAGAAAUUAAGAAGGCAGAAGAGCUUUGCCGGUUAAUGAAAGAAAAACUUGAAGAGGAAGAAAACCUCACCCGAGAGCUGAAAUCAGAAAUUGAACGACUUCAGAAGAGAAUGGCAGAACUGGAAAAGCUGGAGGAAGCAUUCGGCAGAAGCAAGAAUGACUGUACCCAGCUGUGUCUUAGCCUUAAUGAAGAAAAGAACUUAACCAAAAAGAUAUCUACAGAAUUGGAAAUACUUAGAGUAAAAGUGAAAGAACUUGAAGCGUCUGAAGAUAGGCUAGAUAAAACUGAGCAGAGCUUAACAGGUGAGUUAGAAAAACUGAAAUCCUUAGCACUGAGCUUUAUCAGUGAAAGAAAACAUUUUAAUGAAAGAGAAAAGCAGAAUGAAAAGUUAAUCCAGGAGCUAACCCAGAAACUAGAGCAAAACAAUAAACUAAAUAGGGCAGAUCAAACUAGAAAUGCAUCCAACUUGCUAGAAAGAUCAUCAAAUAAUCUCUUGGACAGAAAUGACUUGAGAAUUGAAGAUGACUUGUCUCUUGCAUUGCCCUCUAAAGAAACCAGGAGGAAGGGAAGUGUGGAUUACCUAAAACAUGUAGAAAAUGAAACCAGGAAUAAAUCAGAAAACCAAAAGAAUAAAAAUCAGGAAGACAACAAAGUGAAAGAUCUCACCCAAGAAAUCGAGAAACUUAAAACUCAGAUCAAGCAUUUUGAAUCUUUAGAAGAAGAACUUAAAAAAAUGAGAGCCAAAAACAAUGACCUGCAAGACAGUUAUUUAAGUGAACAGAAUAAAAACAAACUCUUGAUUGGUCAACUAGAAGAAAUAAAAAUGCAAAUAAAGAAACAGAAAGAUCUGGAGAAUGGAGAGGUAGAAAAUGAAGAUACGAGCUUUUCUAGCAGGGGGAAACAUGACAGACCAAAAUACAGAGGUAUCACAGCUGAUCUGACAGCUACCAAGCACAAACCAAGGGAACUUUCACCUCAGCACCGACGGGAAAGAAUGCGGAACAGAGAUUUCUCCUUCAGUAAUGACAGUUAUUGCCACAGCGGUAAGCAAGUACCCAGUCCAAGCUUAAUAAACAGGAAAGCAGGAAAGGCAUCCAGUGCAUCUACCCUUCUAGAUGCUACUGCAACAGAUACGAAAAGACUAGAAGAGAGAUCUUUAGUUUCCACUUUUUCAUCUGGUCAGAAGGAAGGCUGUGUCACACAGAAUGAAGGAAAGAGAUCAAAAGAGCAACCAUCCGUCCUCAGUCGAUAUCCUCCUGCUGCACAUGAGCAGAAAUCUUGGAAAGCUCCUUCCAAAGCUGUUAAUGACACUGGCCUAAGAUCCAAGGUUGAAAAGCCGUAUCAGAUGCUCCGUGGCAACUGCCAAACCAACUCUGAUGUACGGGAUGAAAAAUCAGGCAAAGGAGAAUCAGUGUAUUCUUUGCCUGAGAAGCUGAAAACAAGUCAGGCAGAAGUUGCUGACUACUCCGUGGAUAUGCUCCUCCCCAAGGGUAAUCACACCUCUUCCAAUGGAACGGCUUCAGCAUAUAGGUAUCACCUCUCUUCCCAAACAUCAGCAUCAGACUCCAUCAGCUCUAAAGCAGAAGGAACAAACACCUUUGCUGCAUCUCACAGGCAACCCUCAGAGGUGAGGGCUAAAAAAGCAAUAAGCUCCCAAGAGAAAGAUUUCACGGACACUUUACUUGAAAAUAUGAAGCCUUCAACAUUAAUAAAGCGUUCACAUUGCUCAAGGAGUCAAGAAGACAUUCUGCAGAUUCUUACAGGUCUUGAUAAAGAAGACACAGAACAGUCUUCAACAACACAUCAUAUAAAUGCUAGCUUAAAAACAGACUCCCAAACCAUCCAAAGUAUUCAUGAAAAACUUAAUUCAGAUGAAGAAACAGGAAGAAGCAAAAAAGCAACCACCCAAACAGACUUUGAGACAAGAAAGAAAGCCAACUCCAAAGAGUUUUCCAAUUGCAGGGGAGUUUUUAGAGCAUCUGUUUUUGAAAAUGACAAGAAUACUGUAAAUGAUGAAGAAUCCACAAAAUCUAUAAAAACAUCAGAUUCCAGCACUGGAGGAUUUAAAUCCAGAAGGUCAUUCAGCCCAAGAGAAGCUCUGAGAUCAAAAGCCAUCAUUAAACCUGCAAUCAUUGAAAAAGACAUGAAAGCAGUAAUGGGAGGGACUGUUUCUGAGGCAGAGUCAGAAAAACAGAAAAGUAUUUUCAAAACCAUGACAAAUAAAAUGACAAGCAGUAUCACAAUCUUCCCUUCUGAGCCAACAACUUCAAGGACCAGUGCAGAUGUAGCAACAAAGGAAAGGCAUGUUACCACCAGCAACAUCAGAGUUGCUCCAAAUGAACCCUCACCAGUAACUAACAAUCUCCCCACACCCUUUGAGAUAUCAAUUAAUAAAAGUGCUCUGAAAUUCUCUGAAACAGACAGAAUUGGAGAUGUAGCACUGAGAAGCAGAGCAGAAACAGUGGUCUCAAGAAGCAGUAUUAUGAUAAAGCCAUCUGAACUCCCAGAAAAGAACAGCGAGCCGUCUUCGGAGACAAUCAGCUGGAAGAACCAUGGCUCUUUAGAUACUGUUUCAUCAGAAACAAAACAUGUCACUGUGAGAAGUUCUUGGAGAACAAGACAAGGCUUACAUUCCCUGGAUGACUCUCAAACAAAAGUGGAGAAAAAUGCAGCUUCAAGUACUACAAACACGUGCAGAUCUUCUGUAGAUCUCUCUGAAACUGAAGGGAGCAAUGGGAGAACAAACUCACUUGAGCAGAACUCGGCACGAAUCAGUGCCAUAGCUGAUUCCUGGAAUGACCCCGAACUGGGCUCCCGAAGGACCAAAAGUAACUUAAGUGCAUCUGAACUGCUAACACGUAGGAGCUACGUCAGUGAUCCUACAGUGGCUUCUACGUGGCACCGAACUGCAUUACCUGAGGAAAACAAAGACUUUGUGCCCAGUUCCAGAAGAAAACAACAUGGCUCUUCCGAGUAUCUCUCACAGGUUGCCACAUCAGGGAAAAGGCCAGCCUCCAAGAUGGACCUGCAGGACACCGAAUCCAAUCCCUGUGCACAGUUGGGUGUCCAAGCAGAGGAGCAGGAUGUUUCCCGUUCCUGCUGGACAACAUCUAGGAGAUGAAUUGUAUUCCCUUCCACCAAGCAAACACUCCGCAUAGUGGAGCAAGAGACAGGAUAUUUCCAAGCUCACAGGUGUCACAUCUGCAUUGUAAUCCAGAGGCUUCAGCUAGCCUGAAACCAGUUUUGCGAGGUACAGGAGCUUUACCAUUGAAUUUUCCUUCAUUGCUGAAGAGGCAGCUGCAGAGACUUUGCUCAGGGGACUCCCACUGUUCUUCUCUGUACCUGCAAUCUGAAUUUUCUCCAUAGGAUGAUAGGUCUAUCUCCAUAUGGAAACCUUAAGUGUGUGGUCAUUCUUUCAAACUGAAUUAUGGUACUCCCUGAAAAGAGAUAACUCCUCAUUAAUCACCUUCAUUUAGACAAGAUCGCAGAAGUAUCCCUGUGACUACAGUCCACCCACCCAUGACAGCUGUCCUACACACCUCCACAAUUGAAAGUGUUCAGUUCCUAGUGAAAGGUUGCAUUCUUCUAAAACACCCUUAUUAGCUUGAGUUAUGACCACCCCUGGUACCUGUGUUUCCAGCACCCUCAGUCUAUGGUCAGGAGGAAAACAUUCCCAACUGGUUACUUUACGCACUAACAGGAGAAGGUGAACAGGGAGGGAGAGCAGAAAUGUUGUUUAGAAGCAGUUUCUUUCCCAUUGGUCUCAGUCUCUGCCACAAACUUUGCAGGAGGCAAGACCCACUUAGUACUGGCUGUGAUCUUACACUGAGCUAAACAAACGGCAGUUCACAGAACAGUGAAACUUCCUGCUGCCUUGGACUGACAUGCUUUUUCGCCCAAAGCUUUACGUCGAUCACACUCUGCAGACACCAACUCUGCUGCUCCUUCUCAGCCGUUGAGCGCUAAGGCACGAAAAUGCUUUUCUUCUGGCUUGGGGCACAGAACGGCCUUCUUUCUUCCAAAAAGAGAGAGGAGAUAGCAACACUGAACCCUAAGCUGAGCUGCAGGAGAGCUACUGAGGCAAGCCAUAGUCUGUGCCCUUCUUCAGAGCUCUCCCAUCUGCCUUGGCUACGAUCCAGGUCCAGCCAGAGACCAGUGUAAAUAUACAGGUAUGUUCCCUUGUUAAUGCCCACAGGACAUAGAUGCAAGACAGCAUAACUGUCUGGGGAGCCACCACCUCUCCGCUCUGCACAGUAGCCCCAAGUGGUGCUCAGCUAGAAGCUAUUAACACAGCAUCUACCCUGAGGAAGGUGAUUGUGUGAGACUAUAUUGACUAUAUAGUCACAGAUCUGUGCAUCAUAUUUCUUCCCUCACCCUUAGUUAUAUUUGCUUUAUUGUGAGAGGCAAAUAAGCCAAAAAAACCCCACCACAACAAAGAAAACCCCAAAAACCAGAGCUGUUUGGAAAACAUCUAUCAAAACAUUUAUAUAGAAGGAAAGCAUUCCAGUGAUAGGAAUUUUUUAAAAUAAAGUUUGAAUGGAGGAGAGAGAAAGAUUUUAUUUUUGAAAAAACUGUUUUCCUGUGCAGUUUUAUGUUUUCCCCAAACUUAUAUUUUUAACAUUUCAUUUUAUUGCCUUUUAUUUUAUGACAUGUAGAAGUGUCAGGUUGCAUAAAACACACAAAAAGAUAAUGCUUUUAAAUUAGUACUAAGUGCAGGUGCUCUAAUAAGUUUUUUUAAUAUACUUUAGUUUUAAGAGUAUCAGCUACUAUCUCUUACCACUUCAUGAGAUGAUAGUGCUAGCAGAGAAUGGGGUAAAUAUCAAGUAUAAUAGAUAAAGCUUUUAAACUCAAAAUUCAGACUAAAGAAAUUUUACAGUUAAAUUCAGAUUUCUGAAAUUCUCUGCCACACUCUUCUCCCUGUUUAUUGGAGCAUGUUGAAAAAGUGGUGCGUAUUUUGCAAUGUGAAACUAAAAUAGGUUUGUGAAUUAGCCCGCAAAAUUGCGACAUCUACCCUGGUCACCUUACUUCCCUCACAGUGACUGCAUGGUAGGGACCACCAUAAAAAAGUUGCUGAGAGUGAUUGCUUUAAUGAUACAAUCUUCCCUUCCCUCUUCACACAAUCUCUGAGGCCCUUUAUAGCUCAUAAAUAGCACCUCAGCCUGACCAGCAGUGACACAUGCUGUAGCAGUGCUUUCAUGGGUCAUGUUUGCUUGCUAGCCUCUCUCUGCCAGUCCCAGGAUGUCAGAUUCUGGCUCUUUUCCUCUUAUUUUCAUGUUAGAGGAAAUAUUUCCCUUUAGCUUAAAAAAAAGCAAGCUACCUCAAGCCAUUUUCCAUCUGUGACAUUGCAGAUGUUGCUGUGAAAAACCUUGCCGUGCCAGUACAGUCAUUCCAUAGACAGCAACUUGAAUGCCUCGUCCAAUAACUGCUUCCUGAACAUGGGAGUUAGCUUCUCAAAAGAUCCUUGGCACAUACAUGCCUCUUCAGACAUCCACAGUAACUAUUUACCACCGUUUACAUUCCCAGGCCUGCUGCUCAGCUGCUGUCCUGCUAUAUAAAAUAUGUCCAGCAGUAGUCACUAUGGAAGAACCGCUGUUGACCUUCUUGACAUUGCAGUUCAAUCCUGCAGAGCAGCAGAGCAUUUAAAAUUCCUCUCUGUCCUGGGUCAGUGCUAUCCUGGACUGGCAGCAUGGUUUUAAACAUAGUCAAAUGCAACAGCUGGACAGGCAGCAUAGCACAUACACCACCACAGAAGAUAAGGAUUGCUCCAAGCAUCUACUUCAUGGUUUUCCUCACAGUGACAGUCCUUGUCCUGCUGUAGGACAAUGGUUCAAGUACCACAGGAGAGAGACACAUUCACCAGCCCCCUCCUUUUCAAGUUGUUGCUGGCAUCGCUCCAGCUUAAUGCAGUGCUUCCAAAACUCAUUCCUAGGGAACUGGUUUCAGUCCUGGCAAUGAAAGCUCUGCAUCUUUUCAGCAGUACAUACCAUGUUAACAUAGGCUUCCUUGCAGCCAGUCACAAAGCUCUAGUUUACCCCAUCAAAUUUCAGCCCUGUAGCUCACCCCAAUAACGCAGCCACAUUCCUGAAAUCAGGGCAAAAAAAACCCAAACACCAGUGGCAAUAAUUGCCUUUUUUCCCCUUCUGUCAACUAGAGCCUCUCUCUUCCUUAGCUAGAGCCGAGGACAACUGAAGGGAAUGUCAUUGCUGCUCUAAAUGUACUGUCUGAACACACUGCACAGUAAGAGCCUCUCAGAUAUGGACACAAUAGACCCAGCAAUGCAACUACUCCAGCACUAUCUGCUCUCCUCAGGUGCUUCUCACAGAGUAAGUCAAUCUCCUUUUUCCAGCUGCUUUGUCCUCAGGAAGACAAAGCAAGGCUAAAGGCAGCCUUAAGUCCUUCCUUCAGUAUUUUACAGCACAUACCUUGAAUUCAGGCUUGCUCUCACUGCUUGCAAGUAAUAAAUAUAGAUGUCAUUCAGUAACUGUAAACUGGGUUAUUUUACCACGACUGAGAUGAAAUCUGAGAAAGAAAAACCCUUUUUAAAACUGAAAGGGGCCACGCCCUCUAAUCAUGAGUGCAAUAGGAGCUGAUUGUAUUGUUAAUCUUAUAGUGAUGACUUCAGGAAACACAAUGUGUUUUACUCAAAUUGCACACUUUUUUGAACAGCUGUAAAAUAGAGUAUAUGUGUAAAUAUUGCCAUCACUGAAGAAAUAUUUGUAAUUUUAGCAUAUAAAUAUAUCAGGCUUUUCAGUGGACUUGAUGAUGCUGAUAAGCCAUGCAUCAAGCAUUCGGAUAAUUCCAAAGUUGUAAAUGUAUUUGCUGUACAGAGGAAGUGUGUCAGUGCUCUGCCUCUUCUCCCAAGGAAACAAAGAGACUGGUCCCUUUUGGGGAGCUAGCAGCUUUCACCAGAAAAGGCUGAUGCCAGCUUGGGGACCAGCAGCUUGCUACUUCAUGGAGCUGCUUCCUUUGCAUCUGGAAAUGGCACUGCAGCUUCCCUUGGUAAUGCUGUGAGCAGAACACAGCCUCUCCAGCAGCUCGGGCAGUAUGGAGAGAGGACAGCUUCACAUUCAGUCACCAGUGCCAAGUGUUGUCAAGCUGCAGCUCACUGGACAUGGAUGAGGGGAAUGUCUUUUUGCAGACAGUAUCUCCAGGAAAAGGGGAAAUGGCAGAAUGCACAGGGAAGGGUAGCAACACCUUGGUGCUCCAAGAGACAACUGACAUGAACAAUUCCUUAGCUGCAGACUGAAGCAAUAGUCAUAUUGGUGUUACCUCUGAUUAGACGACCUCAUCUCUGCCACCCCUGCACAUCACUGUGGAGUGGUUCAAACACUGCUACAAGGCCAGCCACCAGUGGACUGCUCUACACAUGAUGAAACAUGAAGCCAUUUUUGCAGAGGCCUCUGAUGGUCAGUAAACACCCAAAGGAUUAUCUUCCUAGGCUAUCCAGCAUGCAGUGCAGGCUCCUGCCUUGGGGAAGCAGUACUCCAGACUGCGUGGAAUGUAUUUUUAAGAGAAGAAAUCUAUUUUUUUGUAUUUGCAGACAUAUAUUUGGGCUGGGACAGCUUAGUUAAAAGACAACAAUGCAAGAAGUCUUUUCAUAUUCACAGACUCACCCAAGUCAAGCUACUUCUCCAGGGUUACAGUAUUCCCUAUUUUCCUAAAGUAAACUUGGUGUCCAAUCAGCACUGUUUCAUCCUCUCAAAAUCCUCCCUGUCUCAGCAUGCUCAGAGGGAAGCCAGCUCUUUCCUCCCAAGGCUGCCCAUAAUAGCAGAUACAGAUGGUGCUCACCUCUUACACAGUGCUCUUAGUUUGCAUGCCAAACGUAAUCACACACUUUUAUCUGCAUGUCUUUCCUGACUCGAACAUUGUCAGCUCUACAGUAUAUAACCAAUAAAACUCUUUUUACA